AGGUCACAUGGCCUUCCCGAGCUAGGGGAGCCCUGCGCCGGAGCUGCGCGGCGGGAGGAGGUGAGGCUUCAGCGGCGUACCCAACACGCGCCGCUCCGGCUGCUCGCACCUCGGAGUCCGGGGAUGGCGCCUCCACCGGAAUCAGCCAGCCACCCGGCCUGGAAGACGCUAUAGGCGGCCUCGGUGUGCGCCCGGGACGGAGCUGACCGCCUCUACCGGGUUGAUCUGGAAGGAGAGACACGACCGAUGAUCUGCUUGCAACCUACAUUCUAGACCUGAGUCCAGCUGGGCCACAGCUAUCCACAGACCUGUGUACAAGAAAUGCAUGUUGUUAUUGUUUGACUUGCUUUGAUUCUGGCCUGAGUUCCAGGAUGCUUUGUUCUUGGGAUCAGACAUGACCAAAAGUUGACCUCAUGAGUACAUCAACCUCUUCAGCUGCCAUGCUCCUCCGGAGGCUGCGGCGACUCUCCUGGGGCAGCACUGCUGUCCAACUCUUCAUCCUAACGGUGGUGACGUUUGGCCUGCUGGCCCCCUUGGCCUGUCACCGGCUUCUGCACUCUUACUUCUAUCUGCGCCAUUGGCAUCUGAACCAAAUGAGCCAAGAGUUCCUGCAGCAAAGCUUGAAGGAAGGGGAGGCCGCCCUUCAUUACUUUGAGGAGCUGCCCUCUGCCAAUGGCUCAGUGCCCAUUGUCUGGCAGGCCACUCCUCGGCCCUGGCUGGUGAUCACUAUCAUCACUGUGGACAGGCAGCCAGGCUUCCACUAUGUCCUGCAGGUGGUAUCCCAGUUCCACCGGCUUCUGCAGCAGUGCGGCCCCCAGUGCGAGGGGCACCAGCUCUUCCUGUGCAACGUGGAGCGCAGCGUGAGCCAUUUUGAUGCCAAGCUGCUCUCCAAGUACGUCCCCGUGGCCAACCGCUAUGAGGGCACUGAGGAUGAUUACGGUGACGACCCUUCGACCAACUCCUUUGAGAAAGAGAAACAGGACUAUGUCUAUUGCCUGGAGUCAUCACUGCAGACCUACAACCCAGACUACGUGCUGAUGGUGGAAGAUGAUGCUGUUCCGGAGGAGCAGAUCUUCCCAGUCUUAGAGCAUUUGCUACGGGCUCGCUUCUCCGAGCCACAUCUCCAAGAUGCCCUGUAUCUAAAGCUGUAUCAUCCCGAGAGACUUCAGAACUACAUCAACCCAGAGCCCAUGCGGAUCCUGGAGUGGGUCGGCGUGGGCAUGUUGCUGGGGCCUUUGCUCACCUGGAUAUACAUGAGGUUUGCCAGCCGUCCAGGCUUCAGCUGGCCUGUCAUGCUCUUCUUCUCCCUGUAUAGCAUGGGGCUGGUUGAACUCGUGGGCCGGCACUACUUCCUGGAACUGCGGCGCCUGAGUCCUUCCUUGUACAGUGUGGUUCCUGCUUCUCAGUGUUGCACCCCAGCCAUGCUCUUCCCUGCCCCUGCAGCCCGCCGGACCCUCACCUACCUGUCCCAGGUAUACUGCCACAAGGGCUUUGGCAAGGACAUGGCACUGUACUCACUGUUGAGGGCCAAGGGAGAGCGGGCCUAUGUGGUGGAGCCCAACCUGGUGAAACACAUUGGGCUCUUCUCCAGCCUCCGGUACAACUUUCAUCCCAGUCUGCUCUAGAGUGCCAAGAAACGCCUUUCUGAAGUUGGCCACUUCCUGGAAAUUCAAAUAUUGAGCUCUUUAUUCAGACAUGGUUGCUUGCAAAUAUUUCAUUGUUUAAUGUUGCUAGGAGUAAAGGCACUGGGACGGUUGAGGGACACACCCAAGUCAAGAGCCUUGGCUUUGGUAGCCCCUGGCAGGAGUAGCAGUUUGCCACAGGUCUGGACCUCUCUCCCUCCACACAGCCACACUGCCUCAUGCAGUAGGUCCCACCCAACGAGGGUACAUUUAAAUACCAGUUAUAUUCUUCUGUUGUUUGUAAGCUCUUCUUUGUGAUAGAGCUUGUGACUGCCAAAAAUCUUGUACACAACUGUUUUAGGAUUUUAAGGGUAGAAUCUGGUGAAAGGUGAGAUCUUUCUGACAAGUUUCCUUCUCAUUGGUUUUGAGAAUGAGUGUAUGUUUAGAAUACAUGCCUAAAGAGGCAGGACCAUGUUGAUAUAUUCCAUUUGUUUCCUUGACCUGGUGUAAUAAAAACUGAUAAAAUAUAUACAGUCUCUGGCAUCUUGUAGGCAGAUGAUGUGGCAUUUUCU